UUAGUUUCCGGUUAAUAAUGGUAGUCCCAUAGUAAGGCAUCUGUAAAAUUUGGCGUAUAUAUAUGUAUAUGUGUUUUUCGGGAAAGUAGCAGAACUAAUUGGUGUAUAUAUAGUUAGAAAAUAUAUUUAAGUGUCGACUUGUACUGUUAGAGCCUUGGAUACAGGAAUGUAGAGGUUCCUGUAUUAUUUGCUAGAUAUUGUAGCUAGCAAGCUAGCUAAGUGGCAGUCGUACGCGCCAAAAAUAAGUCAUGGCUUGUUCACCUGAUUGUCGGGUACUAGAAACAUUAUAGUUGGCUAGCUGGAUUGCCUUUAAAUACAGACGCUUUUAUGAUGGAGGAAAAGAGUGAGCAUGUCGUUCGCAAAUUUGAAAAUACGGGAUCAGGAACUGAUGACGAUGACAAUGGCUGCGCUAAUAAACAACACAGUUCGGAGGAACCUGACCCUCCGUCCCCGACAGCUCACGGAGACUUCAGUGAUCCUGUAUACAAGGAGAUUUCGCUUGCGAACGGCACCAUCAACCGUAUGACCAGAGAUGAGCUCCGUGCUAAAUGUGCCGAGUUGAAGCUUGAUACAAGAGGUGUGAAAGAUGUUUUGAGGAAACGACUCAAGAACUACUACAAGAAGCAGAAGCUGAAGCAGGCAGCAGCCUCUGGAGGGCUUGGUGACACAUACUACGACUAUAUCUGUGUGGUGGACUUUGAGGCUACUUGUGAGGAGAAUAAUCCCCAAGAUUUCCUCCAUGAGAUCAUUGAGUUCCCCAUAGUUCUGAUCGACACACACACCCUGGAGAUUGUAGAUUCAUUUCAAGAGUAUGUGAAACCUGAGGUGAAUCCACAGCUUUCAGAUUUCUGUGUUGAUUUAACAGGAAUAACUCAGAAAAUGGUAGAUGAGGCGGAUACCUUUCCCUGUGUUCUUCGGCGAGUGGUUGUUUGGCUACAAGAGAAAGAGCUUGGCACAAAGUACAAAUAUGCUCUACUAACAGAUGGGUCUUGGGACAUGAGUAAAUUCCUUUACACACAGUGCCGCUUGAGUCAAAUUCGAUACCCUCAAUUUGCCAGGAAGUGGAUAAACAUUAGAAAGUCCUAUGGAAACUAUUAUAAGGUGGCCCGCUCCCAGACCAAGCUGACGUGCAUGCUGGAAAAUCUGGGAAUGCAGUACGAGGGCCGACUGCAUUGUGGCCUGGAUGACUCGCGUAACAUUGCGCGCAUUGCCAUUCGCAUGCUGAAGGACGGCUGUCAGCUGAGGGUCAAUGAGCGCCUGCACGGAGGCGAGCCACAGAGCGUGCCCAUCACCGCACCUUUUGAAGGAGCUCCGCCCCCUCAGAAGCCCAAAAGCAGAGACUAAACACCUCUUUCACAAAGCUGCUUAAUUCCCACUGAAAAACAAGAUCAGUUAUGAAGAGUGCAUUUAAAAAUUUUUUAAUUACAACUAUGAAAGAGCCCUGAAAAACAUGACUGUUUCUACUUGUGGCUACUGUACAUGGCAUCCUAAGACAAGCUUAAGAUAACAUUACAUGUGUAUUUUUCAAAAGGUAAUUUUUUUUUUGUCAGAUUACCAGGUGCACUGUAAUCUGUAUAUUGUGAUUUUUCUUGACCAGCAAAAUUUCUAGCAUUCUAAUAUUUGCUUUGCUAAAAAUGUCGAUUAUUUUUAUUUGCGAAUAAACAAUGUAAUUAAUGUGUUUUGAAUUAAAUUUGGAAUAUGUAGGUGAAAUGAUCUUUUUGGGUUAAUGAAGUCCUUAAUUACUAUUUUCUUGUGUGUAACAUUCGAAUUUCUGGUCUAAAAACAUAAUUUUAUGGAAUUCAUAUGCAUGUACCAAUGAAUACUAGUUGGUAUUUAAUAGGCUAAGUAACUGGAUUGGCUGUUAAGACUAGAGCAACAUUCUGAAGUACCUGUCAAGCUUCAUGUGAUGUAAAAUGUUCCUAAAUUUUAAGACGGCGGUACCUGGUUCAUUUCGUGUGAACUGCUGUGUAGAUUUAUUUAUGUAAUUCUACGCUGUUUACAUGGUGAUAUAUUUUCAGGCUCGUAUCAUUCAUGCUCAGCAGAUGGAGCCAGUUACCCAUGUUUGCAAUUAAAACAGUGACCAACA